AUGCACACCAAUUUGCCAGAUUCUUGCCUCAUAGGCAUUGCCCUCACUGUAUCAACACAUUCGGGCCCACAACUGGUGUACCACUACCCUCCAAUCAACUAUGCAGCAGCAACAAACUCCAAGAAGGACCACCAUCUGAACAAGAAAAAACACCACUAUUCCUUAGACCAAGAAGAAGAAGAAGCUGCCUCGGACUCAUCCUCCUCUUCAGACGACUAUUCCUCCGGUUUGAGCGACUCAGAGUUGUCCACUGAUUAUGCAGACACCUCAUCUUCGGAUUCAGACUCUUCUUCUUCGUCCCUGGACCACCAUGUACACUCGCCAUCGCUAGACUCCCAGCAUGGCAGCACCACCAAUAUGGAUGAAAGUAAUAACGGUAGAAACAACAGCGUGAACAUCAGCACCGCUGCUAGUGUCUCGAAUAGUGGCAUGCUUAGGUCUCGCCAGUCCCAGAUUAGCGCAAAUAAGCUCUUCCAAUUGCUCAACAAUGGCAACAACAACAACAAUAACAGCACCAGUUUGACCAAUGCGUCGGGAUCGCUGCGCGACUCGCUCUAUUCGGGAUUUACAGACCCGUACCAUCAUGAGCUUGAUCAGGACUUGGACCCUGAGCUCCAACAGCUGGUUCAGGAAUUGCUGGACGAUUCCAUGUUCCAACGCGAUGCGUUCCAGGACGUGUCGAAAGUGCUCAAUUUCAACGCAGAGUUCGUGGCAGAGCUCUGUUGUCCGCGUAAAGAGAUGUGUAACACGAGGUUCGAGUUCACCGUGGACGACUUGUGUUUCUUGGGGCUCCCGAUCCACGCUGAUGCCAAGGGUCGGUGGAAGAAGGCCAAGAAGCGGAAGCACUCGUCGAAGAAAUCGGCCACCGUGAAGAGUUCUGGCCGAAACAGGUCCAAUACCGAGGACUCGACAAACAAGAACCAGCGACAGCAGCAGCAGCAGCAGCAAGACCAGCCUACCACGGAAAGCGAUGACGAGAGUGGCCAGGAGGGCGAGACGUCCAAGUCUGAGAUGCUAAAUGAAAUGUACGCCGCAAAUGAAGAAGAGUUCGAGAGUUUGGAAAAAAGUAUCAAUAUGUUCCAGGUCUGCUUCAUAAUGAACCCCCAGAUCAUAGAGUACAACGAACGUGUCGAUGACAUGUACCACUUCGUCGUCACUAGACUCUCGUUGAUUCUCAGGUAUAUUCAGGGUAAAAACGGCUACGUGACAAAAGAGUGUGCCAACAUUAUCAAGUGCAGAGACCAGGUCACAAAACACUCCCCAAUCUAUAAGUCGUUGAAGUCGCCUUGGAGAAAGGGUAAAUUUUUGUACGAGAGAAUCUUGUACCAGUCCUCUCUUGCAAGGGCUCUAACGAAAUGCUUCAACUGUAUCAAGAACAACCAGAUCGCCAACUUGGAAAUUGACCGUGAUAAAAUUGUGUCGCUCCAAAUCCCAAUCAAGACCGAGUUUUCGGUUUUGCCUAACUUAAAGGAGGACCCUGUGAUCAGAGGCUCGUAUUUGUCGUCGAUACUUAAUGAAAGCUUCCUGGGAGGUUCGCUGAGCGGCGGGAUCGCAGAGGACUCCGAGAAUAUAUACGCCAACCAUGAACGCAUGCUGGACUUUGGUUUACUUCUCUUGGAUGAGCCAGAAAAUAUAGUAAAAGGCUUGGAAAACGCUUCGUUCGAUAACGGUAUCACCGACUUGCUAUUGAUAAACUUGGUACGACAAUUGAAGCCUACUUACAGAUUGUUUCAAUACAAAGCCUUGAUAAAAGAAUUGUUAGAUUCUAACGAUGAUUCCAACUAUAAUGACGAAUUCCUCGAGACGACUUUGAAAUCGUUGUGCUUACACUUGAUCUACUGGCGGCACGCACGGUUGAUUCUACCGUUGUCUCCAAGGUACACGUAUAUCGUAUCUCCGUUAGCUCCCAUCUCAGGCUUUUCUAAUGAGGAUUACGCUCACGCAGAAUAUGAUACCGUAUUCAAGAAACAGAACACUUUAACUAGCAACACUGAUGACAUUUCCCUAAUUUAUCAGAAUAAGAAAAGUUUCAGUGAUAAGUUCCCAUCGCUGCCCUCAUUGCCGUCUUUCCUUCAACUCAUUUCUACCCAGAAGCCCAAACCAUUUGGUCACAUCAUCCCAUCAAACGAACACAAGGCAAUGUACUUAAACGCACUUGCAUGGUUAAUGAGAUAUGGAUACCUCACCCAAUUACUAACAUUUGUGUACAUAAGAGUCGAUAAACGAAUCAAGAUAGCUGUUGAUGAGGACUUGGAAAGAGAUGGGAUUAGAUCUAAUAAGAAAGGUAGAUCAGACAAUUUUGUUAGCGGCGGUGAAAACUAUAAUGGGAGCGAUUUUGACGACCUUGAAAUGUUAAAUGACAAUGAUUUCACCAUCAUACUCGAACCAGAACGCAAUACUGCCCUAGAAAAACGAUGGUUGUUCAAAUGCGCUGAGGCGUUGCCUCCUGAUCUUCAGGUCUUGUUCAAACAGGCUGUGAAAUACUUUAAUGGGAAAAUUCCCUUAGAAUACGUAAUGAUUAAGGAAAAUAUUCCAAAGCAUGAAAUGAAAAGAUUAUUACAGGCAUUGGGUAACUAUGUAGUAGAAGUCAAGCAUUGGUAG